CAACAGCGCUCACGGUAAGAAAUUGAUACUUCAAUGGCCACUUACAGGUUGUUCCGUCUUGAAAAUGUCUCGUAAUUCAAAGAGGAAGAUGUUUUCAGUUCCACAGACGCCAGUCUCUCAUUCUAACACAAGUGGUUGCACUGUGAAAGUUUAUGCAAGAACAAGACCUUUGCUUGAAAAUGAGUCUCAUAAAGGUGCCAAGAGUAUUCUCAAAGUGUUAAAGGAAGAAAAGCAGAUGGCAGUUGGAGACACGAGUGAAAAGCUCUUCAAAUUUGAAAAUGUUUUUGAUGAACGAUCUUCACAAGAAGAAGUGUAUAAGAUGGCUGUUGCUCCAUUGGUGUCUGAGGUAGCUGAAGGACACAGAGCAACUGUUCUGGCAUAUGGACAGACUGGAUCUGGAAAAACAUACACAAUGGGUACUGAUCCUUGUACUGCAAAGGAGGAUGAAGGCAUUUUGCAGAGAGCAAUGUGUGAACUUCUUGGUACAGAAGUGAUGGAUCAAAACCGUCCCCCUGGAAAACAACGACGAUGUUUAACACUGUCGUUCCUAGAAGUUUAUAAUGAGGUAAUUUAUGAUCUUCUGACGCCAACAAGGAAUGCUCUUAACAUGAAAGCAGGUUAUGGAGGAGCUGUUUCCCCAGUUGGAAUGGUUGAAGAAGAGAUCACCAGUGUAGAAGAAGGGCUAAAGCUUUUGGAACGUGGCAGCCAUCAUCGUAGCGUUGCCAGCACUGCUCUUAAUCAGCAUUCAUCGAGAUCACAUGCACUGAUUUAUAUCACAGUUCAGAAUGAUGACAGAAGUGGAUGUUUGAUAUUAGUUGACUUAGCUGGGGCUGAAAGCGUUGGACGAGCUCAGACAUCAGGGCAGCAGUUCACGGAAGGUAUCCACAUCAACAGAGGUUUAUUAACACUAGGAAAAGUGCUGGCAGCACUUUCCAAUCCAGCCCCAGUCUAUGUGCCUUACAGAGAAUCUGUACUGACAAGGCUUCUUAAGGAGUCUCUCAGUGGAGAUACCCAUACAGCUAUGAUAGCAUGUGUUAAUCCGGCAAAUUACAACCUCCAUGAGACGCUUAAUACCUUGCGGUAUGCUGAGCAGGCUCAGUAUAUCAAGACAAAGCCUCAAGUACUAUCAACCAUAAAGAGAAUUGGUGUGAAACGGCGCUGUGAGGAUGUGACUGCAACCCCAGGUGCGUGGAAAAGGCGUACAAUGAUGUCAGACAAAAAGAAAAACCAUAAUACAACUGUUUCUACCCCUGGACAUAAACCAUCUAGAAAGAUUGAAUCAAAAUUCAACAGCACUUUCACCGCACCAUCUCUGAGGCUAAAUGAUUCAGUUCUUAAUUCAAGCCUCCUGCCACCAUCUCUUGGAGUUCCUAUACAGCAACCUAUUUUUGAAGAUGAUUCUCUGAGAUGCUCUUCACCUGUAUCCACUGUGGAAAAUCCUGAGAUGCAACCUCCCAAUUUGAGCCCUUACUUGGAACGGAUGACAAAUAAACUGGAGCAGUCAAUAAUGGGGCACUUUGAAAGUAUAGAGGACCGAGUUGCAGAUCGGAUAAUAAGCAAGCUGAAGUCCAGUAAAAGAAGGAAAUCUUCCAGAAAAAGCACAAGAAAGGUUUCAGGUGGGAAUUCUAAUUCAAGUGAUUCAUCAGAUGACAGCAUGUCAUCAGUUACCAUGGCACUUUUGGGUGGAAAAACUGGAAAGAAGUUUUUCAAGAAGUUGUUGAGUGAUGUCUUGAUGGAUGCACAGAAUCAGGUUACUGAAGCAAAGGAAUUGGAGAAGAAUAAAGUAAAAGAGAAAAUGUUAAAGCCAAGACAACCACUUAAUGAUGUAAGCAAUAUAAUUAAAUCUGAUAUGAAAACAGUGGAAAAUGUUACCUUAUCUCAUCUGAAUGAUGGAUUAACCACUGGUAUCUUUAAUAUGUGUGACCAACCUUUAACUAGCACUACUUUCAACUCAAAGCGUCAUGUUAGGAAGUCCACUCGCCUUUCAACAAAAAGAAGUUUGCAUAAUGCCAUAUUUGAGAAGAUGUCACCUUUAUGUCAGGAGUCAAAUUAUUCUCCACUCCUGUCUUGUUCAAAAUUGGAUGAAACAACUUGUCAAGAAAGUACUAUUGUAGUAGCUAUGGAUAAUUAUGGAGCUUCCCCUGAACUACAGUCAAAACUGCCGUCUGAAAAUUUAAAAGCUUCUUGUUUUGAAGAAACAAUGUUGUAUCAAGAAGUUUUGAAUCUUCCAUCUGCUUCUGCAAUUAAUUCAAAGGAUGAGACAUUUGUUGUGAAGUCCAGUUUUAUAUCUCAGUCGCCCCUUCAGAUAGACCGUGUAAAUAAAGCUAGAGCUCCUGUGAGGCGCUCAACAAGGCUGUCAGCUUUGAAAGCAACUCAACGAAAUUAUGAGAUUCUAACAGGAAAUAGUCCUGCAGCUUCAUUAUGCGGAAAGAAGGUAACCAAAGGCUCACGACCAAAUGCAACAGUUCUGGUUACUGGUGAUGCAAGCACAACCUUAAAUAGUACUACUCCAGCACUGAACAGAUGGAAAUUAGUUAUGAGUCCCAGGUUACAAGCAGACCACUAUAAGGAGAUUUUGGAGCUACUGAAUACUGGAACUGUUCGUCAACUUCAAGCCCUUCCAACCAUCGGCCCAAAAACUGCCAUGGUUCUGUAUAAUUACAGACAGAUGUAUGGCAAAUUUAAUUCUGUUGAAGAUUUAGAAAAAAUUCCAGCUUUGCGAAAAUCUUUUUACAUUCAGUUCAUGAAGGCUAACCUCAUGAACCGGCUCUCUUUUGACUUUUAACUUAGCUGCAGUUGAAAUAGCACCAAUUUUUUUUAUUAGUUUCCAGCAAGAUGAUUUUUUUUAAUGGAUUUUCUUUACAUAAUUAUUUUUUUUGCCAUAGGCAAAAAAAUCUAAGAAAAUUUUUUUUUAGUUAAGCAAAAUUUGCCAUUGCUAUGUGAAAAUAUCAGAAGCUUUCAUUAGUUACUUUUUAAAGGACUUGUUGCAUUUUGCAUGUUAAAAAUUUAAACAGUUUUGAUCUCAUUUAUGCUAGUUAUUUUCUAUCAAAAUGGAACUUUAUUUGGAUUUUGUUCAUCAUUUGUUUCAUGUAUUCUUGGAUUUUGUUUUUCUUAAAGGAUAUCAGUGUGGGGUUCACCAGAUGAGGGGAUGUGAUUAUCUAACGCAUGGUGUGAGGGGAGAGGAUGUGGUGUGUUUAGGCUAUAUUAGGCUUGGUAGGUUUCAGUGAGUCGAUUUCUUUGAACUUCCUUAAUUUAUUAAUCCAACUUGAUAAUAGUGAGUUGAGUACAGUUCCAUUCAGAAAAUAUAAAGCUGGGACUUGAGGUUCAUAGGUUGAAUUGUUAGUUACUAAGAUAGAGGAAGAGGCAGAGGCCUGUGGAAAGAACACAGGCUAGAUUAGCAUAGUGUACUUCACAAGAGUAUUCACGAAAUAAACAGAUGAGUACUGUAUUGGUAUCUCGAUCACAAAUCAACAAACAUUAUUUGGGACAAUCAUAAUAAAGUGGCAAAGAAAAUAUUUUUACAGUAUUUCAACGAAAAAAGCAAUACACAUGAGGUAUCAUUGUUUAUACAAUGAAAUAAUUUCUGAUUAUGAUAAUACAUUGCUGAUAUGCCUACGUACAUGUAUAAUUGACUCACCUGCCAAAGCUCCAAUAAUACAAGUUGGCAAUACAGAAGACUGAUUAAAGAGGUUUACAAUUAGCUGUUCCCUCAGCCAUGUUUGUAAACCUCCCGCUUAUUCUGUUCCACCCACGUUCUCAAGUUAGCUGGGAGAUACUUUCUUAACAGUAUACAUUACGACACAAUGCCAAUAUGAUAUAUUUUAAAGUUAUCAGGUUGCGUUAUACUUAUUAUAAAAUGUACUUCAAAUCACAAGAUUAAAUGGAUGCACUUUAUGGAAAAUAAGAACAUAAUAUACAGAUUUGUAUAGUGAUUCACUUGUUUCUUCAGUACAUAACUGCAACAAUUAGAAAUAACUUGUGAGCAAGCUUUCUUAUUACGGCACAGCACACUAUGAGGGUUUUAAUGUAAAGCAUAACUCAUGAAUUGUUUACAGCAUUUCAAGGAAACAAUUUGUUAUUAUAUGAUUAUACAACAUACAAGUACUUGUGGAAAUGUAUGUUUUAUAAUCGCACUACAUCAGUAUACAUGUACGUACAAGUUUCAAUUUUUAUGUACUAAAUGUAACAAAGUUCAAUUAGUCCAUCAGUCAUUUUUGUAUAUUACUUGUGAAAAUAUGCAAUAUGAAAUAUGUGGUCCCUGUGUCUGGGACAGAUAUUGAAGAGCAAUAUUGUAGGUGUGGUGUCUGGAAGCCAAACUGCCUAAAAUAAGAGAUACUUAAUAGGAAUAAAGAGGAUCAUCAUGAGUUUUUAAUAUUUUUAUGAAGCUCUAGAGUUGUUACAGAUGUUUAUAAUUUUUUCCUCUAAUAUUUUUAGACGUACAAGUAAGGAUACAUAUAUAUAUAUAUAUAUACUUAGACUUAAUGUACAAAUUUAUGUACCCAUACAAUGCUAAUAUGCAUGUAACUUUUUAUAUUUUUGUGGAAGAAGCACUUUUCAUUGUGAAAGGUAAAGGUACAGGAUUUCCUAAAGUACAGUAGAAACUAUAACAAAUCCGAUUAGUAAAACUGAAAAAUGAGCAAAAUAUGUAAAUUCAAUGCAAAGAGAACUAGCAAAAAUGUACAAAAUUUUAUUUCAAUGUAAUUCUUCAUGGUCCUCAGCCUGUGUAUUGCUAGAUACAAAUUUUCCCUCAACCUUGAAAGAAUGAUAAAAAUAAGAUUCAAGAACAAAGGAAAUAAAUAACAACAAAAAAGGAAAAUGUAUAAAAAGUUAAUAAUGGUCAUUAUGAUAUCCAUGUUUUUGGUAAUGAAAGUCAUAUUAUACCUCUAAUAUAUAACUACUGGUCUACACACAAUAAGCAUAGAGAUCAAGGAAAAACAGGAAGCAAAGUGAAGAUGUAAACUAGUUUAUAGUUAUGAAAUGUUACACUAAUAUUUAUUGAAAUUAAAUGUACUGGUUCUGUCCUGAAGAAAAGCUGAACUUGGUAUUUUACUGGACUUGCGAGGAUUUUCAGAUUGAAACCAUUUUAUAAUGUUAAGAAUAAAAUUAUGCAAGUCAUUUUUUAUCUCAAGUGUGUUCCUGUCCAAAUGCCUGGAAGGAGAGUUUGCAAUAAUUUGUUUUGUUUUGAUUUAAGACCAUUCAUUGCAUGUUUCACAAAACUGUCUCUUUUAUUACAUAUCACUAAUAAAAGUAGUGCCUUGGUGGUAUGAUCAGUAUGGUGCUGGCUUGCCACCUUAGUGGCUGCGAGUUCGAUUCUCAGACAAUCCAUUGAGGAGUGAGAGAUGUGUAUUUCUGGUGAUAGAAGUUCACUCUCGACGUGGUUUGGAAGUCACGUAAAGCUGUUGGUCCCGUUGCCGAAUAACCACUGGUUCCAUGCAACGUAAAAACACCACACAAACAAACUAAUAAAAGGAAAUAUUUGAUAUAUUAGGUUAUCAUGAAAUUACUUAAUACAAGGCUCUGGUUCCUAAUCAUUAUUAGUAAGCCUAAUGAUAAGUAUUUAAGAAAUUUUUUUAAACAAGUAACGAGUUGUAGAAUCAAGUUGUACCUGGUUCCUGGCUUAGUAUUUAAUGUUGCAUAGUUCAACUUAAAUUCUAUUGUUAAAUCUGUGCUUUUAUUUUUUCUUUACUAUUUUUGCUUGUAGUUCUCAACUUUUGUCAUGCACAUUGUUGAUAAACUGUCAGUUUUUUCUCUCUGUCAGUCUUAAACUUGCUGUGUAUGCUAGGCAUAUAAGACCUUUUGAAUUACCAUGCAUUUUUUUUUGUCUAGAAUACUGUGUAGUUAAAACAUCCUUCCUUGUUAAGUAUAUAUAUAUAAAAAAAGACCACUCGGGUAAAAUAUCCGUCCUUUUCUAUUUGCAAAAGGAAGUGGGGCAUUGAGUAUUCAUCAGCAGUUAUAUUAUAAUAUAUUAGCAUGAGGGCAAUUUUGCAAAAGGGGGAAUUAUACACCUCAGUUGAAUAGCCUUGCAGUGCAUAAGAUGCAGAUUUCCCUGUGCCCACCGUUGUUUCACUGUUCCCUCGUGCUGUGCUGUAUUUAUUUUUAUUUAUUUUGUAUCGUGUGUCAUAGUUUCUAGUUAAUUUUUUGACAUAGCUAUUUAUUUUCUUUGGAAAAUUAGAUUUUUUUUUUGUUCCAGUGAUUUCAGAAUAUUUAAACCUGCUUAACAAGUGGCUGAUGUAUUUCCUAAGUUUCAUAUUUCAGCUAAACCUCAUAAGAUGAUUAAAGCUAUGGUAGAUCAGUACAUAUCCCAAAAACUUGUGUACUGCUUAAUUUAUAUUUUGAAACAUUUUUUAACAUGUUUGUAACCCUUAUGGAAAAGUCACAUUGUAACUUUGUUACUCCCUUAUACAAUCUUAUCAUUGUUUAUGAAAGUAACUUUUUUUUCAAUCUGCAAGGGAUUUUAGCAGGUAUUUGCUGUGGGUGUCUGAUUAACCACAAAUAUGUAUGGGUUAAUUGUGUGUUGAAAAUUGAGGCAAAUAUGCUUUUGCAAUACUGGAAUGGUAUUCCUGUAAUUGUAUUACCAAAAUUUUAAUAAUGGUAAUGCAUAUUUAGAUGUGAUGUUAUGAUUCAGUGAUUUGUAUUUGAUAAAUAUUUCAUAUGGGGAUAACAUAAUAGGGUUGCAGUUCAAUGAUAACUCUUACUCUAAUGUGCACAUUAAUGGUCUAAACUGAUUUUCAUAUCUAUAUUUAUCUUCAGAAAGUUUUUAUAUCAAAUAAGGGUAGAAUUUAUGCUCUCUCAUCUGUCAUUCCAACUCGCAGUCAUGUAUGUUGUCAUAGGUUUAAGAAUCCCUGAAAUUUAGUUUUUUUUUUAAAGCAAGUAUUUACUUUAUGAAAUUAUCUGCAUUUAAUGUACAAUAUUUGUUUAUCUUUUCAUAUUUUUAUAUCUGGAUUAUUUUUCUGUACUUUUAUAUUUUCCUUGUCAGCCUAUCUCUUCUUGAUAGAAAAAGUUAAGUUUUUGUUUGCUGUUUCUUCUUUCUUUAAUUUGUAAAUAAAGAAUGGCAAUUUCAUUUAUUGUAGUAGUUUUGUCAUCUCAUGACAUUACCUUCUGUUGUCUCUGUAUAGUAAUUUAAUUAGAGUAUUAGAUAAUUUUUUAUUGGACUACGUAUAUAUAAGUGUAUUUUUACUACUAGGUACAAAUUACAUUUAUUUGUAUGCCAUAGGAUAUGAAAUGUACAAAAGAGGAAAUUUGUUAUGGGAGGAUUUGGAAAUUAAUAGAGAGGGGAUUUUGCAGAAUUAGUUGGGCCUUGCAUGAUGCUGUAAUGUCUAGACAUUUGCCUCAUGAAAGAUUAGCCAUUGGAACAGAAAGUACUGCAAUGUGUAUGGCACCUCAAAUCAAGACAAUGUAAUCUCAUUUUAGUCUAUCAUAUAUGUUUAAAUCAAUAGCAGCAAUUAGUGUCAAAUUAGCGCUGCAAAGAACCUUUAGUGCACUGCAGUGUACAGUGCACGUUAUUGAUAGAAAUACAGUUAUAUAUUCUUGAUUGGUUAUUUACUGGCAAAUAUGCAAGAAACUUGUGUUGAUGGUACAAAAAUGAAAUGAGCAAGUUUACUCAUUUGGAGAGCACAGGAGUUUAUCUUUUGCUGGACUGCUAGGUAAAGUCUGUUAAAGCCAAAAGGGUGACUUUUGAAUCCUAAGCAAUUGUGUCUGUUUCUGUAUAUAAAUUCUUUGUUAUGUAAGAAAAGCUCGAGUUACAUUCAUUCUAAAAUUUACAUCUCCCCAUCCUUUAUUUUUUAUAUUUUCACAUCAAUCACUAGGUGAAUGUGAAUACAUACAAUGAAUUAAGAAGGAAAAGAAUGAUAAAAAAAUAUUGUGGGGAUGAAUGCAAAUACUAAGUACUUUCCAUCAAAUAAUUUUCUUUGUUCAGAUCUUAUGAGUAAAUAAAAUAAAGAUGAGAAUUUAAA